AUGUCCGGCCCCCAACCCCCGCGUGCAAGUCAGACUGUGUCUCAUAUGUCGAAAGCACAGAUUUCGACUGAGCUUUCGGCUGCCAUUCAAUCAGGAACAGGCAAAAAUGCUAGGCAAGAUUACAAGACGAUGACUGCAGUAUUGAUCCAUUUCAAGAACGAUGAUAUUGGCUGCGAAGAUCUUGAGAAACAACUAGCUGAGGUCUUCAAAAAUUUCUACGGCUUCCACAACAUCAUACGGCUCUUGCUCAAGGACUACGAAAACCCAAUUGGGGUUAUAUGGGGAGUUCUCAGUGAUCUGGUAGCAAAGGGCUUUGCAAAGAAAAACUGCCUUGUGGUCGUUGUAUUUGCUGGCCAUGGAAAGGCUCUCCCUGUGUACACAUCCAGCUCGGUUCGAGGACCAGAGUACGUUCUAAAGCUCGGUGGUGCAUUGCGUCAUGAUGGAAGAUUCAAAACUAGAGAGUUGGAUUGGAAAAUGGCGACUUCACUCCUCGGUACGGAACAGUGCGAUGUCCUUCACAUCCUGGACUGCUGCUAUGCCGCCGAAGGCAUGAAUUUAGAUGCAGAGCUAUUGGCCGCUGCCACAGAAACGGCCAGUGCAGACGCCAAGACGUGCUUCACAGCGGCCCUGUGUCAUCAACUCCACCUUAUGUCUUCUCAGCAGUUCACGGUGUCAACCCUUUACCAAUCGCUCAUGACGGACCGUAGAGCCCUGAAACUCAAAUACAUUCCAUUCCACAGUUACCGAGAUGGCAAACCGUCGAUAAUCUUAGGGGGGAGCAGGGGUAAGGCGGCCGUGGUUCCACCUCUCAAGCCAGAUAGCCCGCGUAUCCUACUUACGGCGCAUCUCGAGGGACCUCUUGACAAGGGGAGCGUUGAAGGGUUGAAGAAAUGGCUCAACGAACAGUUGCCAUAUUCAAUCAUGAACAUGGAAAUCAAGCUGGAAGGCGUCUGGGAUGCUUCGUCUACAGUUCUUCUCUUCUCUAUCCCCAUCACGGUUUGGACCCAGUUGAACCGCAACAACACUGCGUUCAACUAUGUUGGCGAAGUAACCUCAUACAACAAAUUGUUGGAGCAGGGUACUACAACACUUUCUGUAAGACCUCCGCAGGGCUCAGAGAACCUCAAGCCCGGAGAGUCUUCUGGACAGAAGUGA